AUGAGUUUGCAUGGACUAGGAGUCAUUGGGGCCCAGGUGGCCGCAUCGAUCAAAAAUAACGACGAGAAGAAGCCCGCCACGUCCAAGAUCAGGUCUUCACGCCGUUCCAUUACAUCCUCACCUGGGGGUCACAGCCAGGACUUUGAUCCCUCGAUCGGUGCCAAGCCAUGCUCGCCCUUUUAUCGACAUGGAAGUCCCACAAUCUCAUAUGAACAACUCACGCUUGAAACUAAACAUGCCAAUCGGAACCGAAGCCAUCUCAGAGAUCUCGAAAAUGCGGGCCCUUACGCGGCCUGUCGAACUGAUAGUCCUCGACGGUCCAAGCUGUGGGAGGAGGAGAACAAACCACGGACGUGGCUGCAGUCUUUGAGUAACAAACAGCGAAUGGCUUUGAAGGCAGUUGUGGCCGUGGUGACGGUUGGGACCAUGAUCGCGAUCGCAUUGGGAAUCACUGUGGCCGUGGGAGGUCCAGCUUGGAAAACGAGUACCGAGAAGAUGGCAGCUGGGGGAUAA